AUGAAGAAUUCAAGGAAACAGCAUUCUACAACUAGCAUUUUAAUCGAUUCAAAAUUGUAUUUUUUUGGAGGAAUUGGAAAAGGUUCAAACGACAUUGAAAGUUGUAUAAAUCAAAUAUUAUUAUUAGAUUUAUCCAAUUCAUUCAACAACAAUGAUAUUCCAUGGACAGAUUUAACAUCACAAAUAACUUCCAAUAAUACACCACAGCCAUUAAGUUAUUGUUGGAGUUCAAUUGGCGAUAGCAAUAAAAUAAUAUAUUUGUUUGGUAAUGUUGGAAGAGAAGUAACAUCAAAAACGUCUGCCUCUCCUUCUAAUAUUAAUGGAUUUGUAACCGCUUUUGAUCCAUUGAGCAAACAAUGGAAAAAGCCAGUCAUUGAUGGUGUUACACCAGAACAAAGAAUAUUAUUUCAAGCUGUUAAUGAUAAUCAAAAUGCAAAAAUAUAUAUUUUUGGUGGAUCGAGUGGUUUUAAUGGUGCUACUUUGUUAAACGAUAUGAACGUUUUAAAUACAAAUUCAAAUAACAGUUUAUCCUGGGAGUCAAUUAUUUUCUCCAACAAAGACAAGCCUCCACUUUGGUCUGAUUAUACCGCCACGCUGUUAUCUAAUGGAAAUAUUAUUUAUAUUGGUGGAAAACAAAUGAUUCCUGGUUCAAGUGUUAUAUCACUUGCUCAAAUGAAUGAGAUAUGGGUUUAUGAUACUAAGAAAGCUGUUUGGAAGAAGAAUAUUGCCACUGGUAUUAAUCCAGAUGUGAGAAUUGGCCAUUCUGCUUUAUUCUUUAUUUGUAUAGGAAACACGACAACAGGACCAUCUUCAGAUAUUUAUAUUUUGGAUAUUUCGUUGCCUUCCGAGUACAAAUGGACACCAUCAUAUAAUCUUAAUCUUAAAACACCCUUUAAAUUACCACAAGAAUUAGGAACUAUAAUUGGGGUAACAAUUGGAGGUGUUUUUAGUAUAACUACGAUAAUAGUAGUAACAGUUCUAUUGUAUAAAAAAUGGAAGAAAUUACAACAAUUAAAAAAUACCACAAGUCCUCUUUUUUCUGAAACGCCUCCACCUGGUAUUGAUAUCGAAGCGAAAUCUCCGACUUAUAAUUAA